GUCAGCUGGUCAUUGUAGGCGUGGUCGAUGUGGAGCAGGGCGUGGCCAAUCAAUGUCCACCCUGCCAGGACUGCUUCCUAGCGAUUUUUCUUUCCCGUCCCCAGACAGCAUGUUAAAGGGACCUGCGUUUAACCCUGGUCUGUUUCCAACGCCCCAGCCCCCUGUGGUAACAAUGACUCAGUGUUGUGGCCUUUGUUUCCACAGACUGCGAGUCCUACUGUAAACCUGUGAAGGGAAACCUGAAGAUCAACAUGAAGAAGUACUGCAAGAAGGACUAUGCGGUGCAGGUGAACGUGCUGGACAUGGAGACGCUUGGUGACUGGGCCAAGUUCUCCGUCAUGGUGGUGUCGGUGUACAAGAGCCGCGGGGAGCCGCUGAAGCGCGGCGACAACGUGCUGUGGAUCCACAUGAAGGACCUGGCCUGCAAGUGUCCCAAGAUCCAGAUGAGCAAGCGCUUCCUGGUGAUGGGAGGGGGGUCGGAGGGAGUGGGGGGCGGGGGGCCCGCGGCGGGGGGAGGAGCCGUCGGCGGGGCUGCCGGGGGUGGAGCGGCGGGGGCGGAGCAGCGGGUGGGCCUGGUGGCGGAUAAGAACAGCCUGGUCAUCCAGUGGAGGGACGUAUGGACGCGGCGGCUCAGGAAGUUCCAGCGCAAGGAGAAGAAGGGCAAGUGUGGCAAAGCAUGAUGACCGCCACCACGCCCUGCCCCACCUCCUCCUAUCCAGCCCUCCACCCCUCCUAUCUACCUUUAAACUGUGACCCCCACCCGCCCUUCCCAGUGACUCCUGGUCGGGAGGGGAGCUAACAACACCUUGCCCCCCCCCCCGGCCCCGGGCCCUGGGGACGCUGCACAUCAGAGACUAACCCUGCCCGUUCGGAAGGACUGCUUCUUGUGUAUAUUGGAUGGACUUGUUUAACUUUUUAUUUUUCCAAGAUGUGUGGUCAGAAUGUCUUCUUGGCUCUUCUGACUGGUUGGCCUUGAAAAGGGACCAUUAAAAAGGGUAUGAAGGGCAGAAAUUCCCUGUCUCCAAUGACGACCGCAAAGAUGUCCAGAUCUCCUCCCGAAACCCCUCCUCCCUGUCCCAAACCCCUCCCCCUAUCUCAAACCCCUCCCUCCCUAUCUCAAAUCCCUCCCCCUGUCUCAAACCCCUCCCCCUAUCUCAAACCCCUCCCCCUUUCUCAAACCCCUCCCCCUAUCUCAAACCCCUCCCCUUGUCUCAAACCCCUCCCCCUA